GCACAUUGACAGACGCCAUGAUUUUUCUUGAGUCUGGAGCAGAAAAUGGAUGCUGCUUUGUACAAGUUUCCCGGAGGAAUAUUUUUCAUCUGUUAGUUUUAAAACUUCUCGAUAAGGAAUAAAACGUCCAUAUUGGUUUCGUCUUAAUUAGAAGCAGUAGAAAAGUGUACAACAAUCCUGUAUCUAGCUACCUAACAGUAGUAGCCGAGGAGCUAAGCGAGGCUAUAAGCUAAAAUAUUUCCACAGUCGCCUUUUUCAUCUGAAUUACAGACGAAUUGGAAUAAAGUAACACAUUAAGAAAGCAGGUAUGGCCUGGAUUUGACUUGGACUUUGCUGGUGAUGGCAGAAGGAUCUUAUGGUGGUGAAAUGCCCUUCUUUGACCCAAGUUCUAGUUUUGAAGGAAGGAAAAGACCACAUUUUUUUGAUGAAGGAGACGGGCCCAUGAGGAAAAUGCCUGUGACAAGAUUGGGUUUCAGACCACAAUUUGAACCUGUACACUUUGUCAGUGGAGGAACUGGUGGAGGACCAAGUGCUGCUGAGAAGGAGAAUGAAAAGGAGCGUUGGAGGAGUGAGUCACAUGGUGGAGGACAGUGGGACUCUGAAUACGCUGGCUCCAGCAACAGUAUAUCACAGAGUCCCUUCUUCAUGAGACCGAUUUAUAAUGCACCACCAUCAUUCGGUUCUGACUCUUGGGGUUUACAUAGAAAUGGAGACAGGCAGAUAUCUUCAGGCGGUGUGAGUGGGUUGGGCUAUGGAGGUCAGGGAUCCAACUUAAACUUUCUGGCACAAACACAGCAGGACUAUACAGCCAAGUAUGAAGCACACAACUCCAGAAAUUUAGACUCUUAUUCUCAGCCCCACACAUACAAUGGAUAUGGUGGGGGGAACAGAUUUUCAGGACGUCAAGGUUUGGGUUACAGCCAUCGAGCUCGGCCAUCAAGGAGUAGGCCUUUCAACAGAGCCUUUACCUGCCCGGGUGCAAGCAGUCUCAACACUUCUCAGUCAAAUUUUUUAUUGCCGUCUCUUCCUGUAUCAAAAUCAACAAUGAAUGACAAUGAGCUGAUUGCAAAUGUGACAUCUGCGCUGGCUUCUUCUUUUAAAGACCCCAUAUCCAUGACUGGAACUGAAGCCCCAAGCUAUAAUUUCAUGUUGAGCCGCAGCAUCCAGGCUUGUAAAACUAAUCCUGAGUAUAUCUAUGUCAACCUUAAGGACAUUCCUCAGACUGACAUACCGAAGAACAGGAAAGUACCAACCGAUGGCUAUGCCUGUGAGCUUAGAUGUCAGGGUGUAUAUCUUGCUACUGCAUACUCGGGCAGCAAAAAUGGAGCGAGAGACCGUGCCUCUGAACAGGCUGUUAAACUCUUGCUGAAACCAGUAGAGGUUCGUGUUGUGCAGCGCCGUUACAAACACUCAACUCUCAAUGACAAGGUUGUGUGCCAGAUCAACAGCCCUACCCCGGAAUUUGUCCCUGCACUACAUAACCCAGAGGAUAAAGCAACACCGACCUACAUUGGUCAACAUGAGAUUGACAAACGGAAACACUGGACUGAGUUUGUUAUUGUGGAUAAUGCUCACGAUGCCAUUUGCAUUCUCAAUAAUUCUGCUGCAGCUAAUCACAUGAAAAUUGAAUAUAAAUUCAAUGAGCUGCCAAACAGCAAUGCUUGGCUGUGUAGCGUCUUUCUACAGGAUGAGAUGGUGGCACAAGCAACGGGCAAUAAAAAGAGCUCAAAGCAUGCGGCAGCUCAAGAGGCAUUAAAGAAGCUUCGUGCAAACCAGGCUAAACAGCAGCAGCAUCAGUUAGGCUAUUUCAGAGAUGGCAACAACAAAUCAGAGGUUUCCGCUGGAUUCUUUGGGCAGCAGGGGAGCAGGAAGAAGCAUCUGAGUGAGUUGGUUAUCCUGGAAAACUCAGACAAUGCCAUUUGUAUCAUUAAUGACACUGCACAGUUUAACAAAGUGACCGCUGAUUACAAGUUCAUGGUUUUGCCUGAUCAUAACUGGAGGUGUGAAGUGUACUUGGAAGGACAGUUUGUAGCAGCAGGUGUGGGCCCCAAGAAAACAGUCAAACACAUUGCAGCAGAACAGGCUCUAGCUACCUUGAAGCAGACACAGGCUGUGGUGAAAUCCAACAUAAGAAUGGAGGGUCAAAGUGACGCACUAUCACGGUCCCAGAUCCUGGCUCGCUCUGGUGACGAGGCUUUAAAUCAGGAAAUAAAAGAAGACAACAUCGGAAACCAGCUGCUACGCAAGAUGGGCUGGAAGGGUGGUGGUUUGGGGCGAGAAGGUGAUGGGAUAGCUGAACCAAUCAGGGUCAAGGAGCAGUUCUCCAGAGAAGGAUUGGGUAUGGACACAGACAGAAUGAAGAAACAGCUCACCAAGCAUGAUAUUGAGGACAUAAUUCAUAAUUAUGCCUGUUCAGAACGUCAGGAUGAUCUCCGGUUCGCCACUGAACUCACCAUUGACGAGCGCAAACAAAUCCACCUUGUAUCUCGGAAAUAUGGACUACGAAGCAAAUCUUAUGGUCAGGGAAGGGAAAGGUUCCUUGUUGUUAGUCACAAAGUACACAAGGACCAGCUGAUCGGUCAGCUUUUACAAGAGGGACAGGUGGGACGAUAUGAGCUUGUCAAACCUCAAGCCGCUGAUUGAUUUACUUGGACUUGAAAAGAAGUGAUACUCAAGAUUACGUAUGUUUAUUUGUACUAUGAACACACUGAAAAUUUCUCUGCAAAAACAAACAAAAAAAGCA